AUGCCCGUGGACCUCAGUGGCACCUGGAACAUGGUCAGCAAUGAAAACUUCGAGGGCUACAUGCUGGCCCUAGGCAUUGACUUUGCUACCCGGAAGAUAGCGAAGAUGGUAAAGCCACAGAAAGUGAUCAAACAAAAUGGCGACAGCUUCACUAUCCACACGCUCAGCACCUUCCGCAACUACCUUGUCCAGUUUAAAGUUGGAGAGGAAUUUGAUGAGAAUACCAAAGGCCUAGAUAACAGAAAGUGCAAGAGCUUGGUCACAUGGGACAAUGAUAGACUCACCUGUGUCCAGAAGGGGGAAAAGGCGAACCGAGGUUGGACCCACUGGAUUGAAGGGGACGAAUUACAACUGGAAAUGUUCUGCGAAGGCCAAGUAUGCAAACAGAGAUUCCAGAGAGCCUGAAGGAGAAAGCCAAUGCUGAGUGUGCACAUGCACCCUGAGGAGACCUGUGGCUCUAACUGGGUUGAUGUCAAACAACCUUGCAAGGGCUCGUGGAGCAGAAGACUCACCCCCUCUUCUUUCUUUUUAUUAACUUUGCCUGGGUACAGCCACAACCUUAGUCUGGCCAGUUACAAUAAACUUUUUUUCU